GGCAAGUGGCUGUGUUUAGUAUUGGUUUUUGAGUCCCAAAUGUAACGGACAUACCGUUUGGCUUCUCUCUAAUCUCUCUCUCUCUCCUCUCACAAUUUUGCUGAGAAAAUAGUCUUGCAGAGCAUAGAGAAAGAGAUAAAUAAAAGAGAAAAUUCUAAUCCAAACCCAACCCAUCUCUAAUCAAUCAAUGUUGUUAUGAGGGUGGCAAAUCGUUAAAACCCAUCUCAAAUCAAUCAAAUGUUGACAUGAGAGUGGCGAAUCGUUAGCCAAAUACCCAUCUGUUCUGCAGAGAGCCAAGAAAAGAAAGGAAUUGGGAUGAAGGCAUAUUGGCUCUGCAAGAUUUGAUUUAUUUUCUAUUUCCCUCUAUCUCCAUUUCUCUUAAAUGGGGACAAUAUCUUCUGAUAAUAUUCAUGGACUUGUUUUGGCUCUCACUUCCAGUAUUUUUAUUGGCUCUAGCUUUAUCAUCAAGAAGAAAGGUCUCAAAAUAGCUGGUUCUAGUGGAACCAGAGCAGGGUCAGGAGGGUACUCAUACUUGAAGGAACCUUGGUGGUGGGCUGGGAUGAUAACUAUGAUUGUUGGGGAGAUAGCUAAUUUUGCUGCUUAUGCAUAUGCUCCGGCAAUUCUUGUAACACCCCUGGGAGCUCUAAGUAUUAUUUUCAGUGCAGUGCUAGCCCAUUGCAUUUUGGAGGAGAAAUUGCACAUCUUCGGUGUGGUCGGAUGUGUUCUUUGCUUGGUGGGCUCUACCACUAUUGUUUUACAUGCUCCACAGGAGAAAAAUAUUGACUCUGUUAGGGAAGUGUGGUACCUAGCCACUGAGCCAGGCUUCCUUGUCUACUCUGGCAUAGUUUUGGUUCUUGUUGUUGUCCUCAUUUUCGUAGUUGCGCCACGUUAUGGGCCAACCCAUUUGAUCGUUUACAUUGGAAUUUGCUCGCUGACAGGCUCUCUUACGGUUAUGAGUGUGAAAGCUGUGGGAAUUGCUUUGAAGCUGACAUUUUCAGGAUCAAAUCAAUUUACCUACUUUGAGACAUGGGUCUUCACCGUAGUUGUGAUUGUCUGUUGUCUUUUGCAGGUGAACUAUCUGAACAAGGCUCUAGACACAUUUAAUACUGCUGUUGUUUCUCCUUUCUACUAUGUCAUGUUUACAACCCUCACCAUCCUAGCGAGCAUGAUCAUGUUUAAGGAUUGGGACUCUCAAAAUGCAUCACAGAUUGCGACUGAAUUGUGCGGGUUUGUGACUAUUCUCUCUGGGACGUUUCUUCUGCACAAAACCAAGGAUUUGGGAAGCAGUCCAGUUCCAAAUGUGGGAAGCCCGGUAUAUCACACAUCUCCAAACUCAAACACAAACUCGAAUUCAAGACAGGCAGAGAGGUGAAUGUUUUUGGCAAUGAUGUUCAUCAUCUCAUUACUGCAGUUGGGAAAAUUUUGAAUAUUAGAACAAAGGAGAAAUUAUGUUCUUUCCAAGGUGAAAAAAAAAAAUAGAAAUCGUUUCUUGGAUGAUAAUUCGCGGAUUUUGUGCUGAUUAAUGUAGGGACUCUUGACUUAGUUAGCAAUGGUUUUUAUUUUUUGUUUUUUGGUCUUUUCUUGGACACAUUUUUUAGAUUGUGAAUAUGUUGGACAGUGAUCACAACAUUACUGAGAAGUUUUUUUUGAAAGAAAUAUAUGGAUGUGAAUGAAGAAAUGGUAGUUUAGAGUUGAAAUGUUGGUGCCUUGAAUUA